AUGCAAAUGACUGCUUGUUCUAAAAUUGUCAAAUCGUGAGAUUUUUUGCUUUCAUGAGCACGCCUGUUUGAGGCGGCCGGCCGUAUUACGGUAGUCAGGAUACGUUUUUAAUAAAAUGAAAGCGUGUGUACUUUUUAUGACGUAACUUAUCUUGUAAUCUCGAGAAAUAGGUCCUAAAAUUGCAAAAAAGGAAAAAAUUGAAAAAAUUUCCUGGAUCCGAAACUAACGGCGCAAUAUUGACCGGCCGCCGUUGCACUGUCUUAACAAUGCAUGUGAGCUUGCAAUUUAAAAAAAAAAUGUAAAAUUAAAAAAUAACAAAGUGUAACGAGGACAGAAAAAGCCCCCAAAGCCGCGCGAAAAAAGCUAACUUCGAAAAUAUUCCGUUAUUUGGAGUAAAAAUGUUCUAGAAUCUUUAUACAUUUCAGUUUUUUGCCUAUUCCUCGAAGAUCACCUACUUUUCAGGGUGUUCGAAAACGCUCAUGCACUCAAUUCUGGUCAUUUUAUACCGUAUUUGGGCUUGGGAACCUACCUUUCAUUGGACAACAAUGUGAGUUUUUUAGGACUUUUGAAAAAAAAAUGGGAAUGAGUCAAAAAAAAAAACCUUAUUCGCGAUUUCUCAAGUUUGAAGAAAUUAAGAAAGUUAAAUAAUAUACGAGCAGAGAAGCUACAAUUUCUAACUUACAUGGACUUUUUUCAACUUUAGCUAACUUUGAAGGUGAAAAGAAGCGUUGCGGACGCGGUGGCUUGUGGCUAUCGGAUGAUCGACACGGCCAAAUACUACCAUAACGAGGCGGAAAUCGGAGAAGCUUUGCAGGUCGAUUAUAAAUUUUUUUGAAAAAGAUUCUUUAUAUGGCUUCUAGAUUUCUCUUGUUGUGUUAUGCUGAUCAUGUGAAGUCGUGGUUUCCCUAUACUAACAUUACUUGAACUCCUCGAAUAAGUCGUGGCGGGGACCGAACUUGGGACCCUGUGGACCGUAGACAGGUUCACAACCUGUUGCUCUACGUAAAAAUAGAACAAAAUCUCGAAAGUUGAAUCGAAACUUGCAUGAAUUGCUUCAAAUUUGAGUCUAUUUUUUAUGAGUCGGGUUCUCUCUGUUUUACUGGAACUAGAGAAAGCGAAAAACUCUCUCUGAUCUCAUUAAACUUCAUAAUUUUGGAUGUAUUGAAGCGUCCGAAGAUAUGAGAACGAACUUUAUCAGUUUCAAGAAGUUUUCCAUGCUUAUGGCCGCUGUAAAAACCUAAACCUCGCCGAUGAUUGAAACAGUGAAUUUUGAUAUUACGGUUUCCAAAAAUAAGUCCCAAGCAAGUUAGUGACGAAUGAAGCUUUUUCUCUCUCAACGUUCGAUGCAAAAGUAAUACUUCCAGAGAGUUCUGCCUGCAAACAACCUGAAACGGAAGGACAUUUUCCUGACGACGAAAGUCAUGCCGCAAGCGACGACGUCGUUGACCCACGAAGACGUCGAAGACUCGUUAAAGCGUCUUUCCACAGAGUUCCUCAAGAAAUCAAUAUAUCGAUUCGAACUCGGCUGAUUGCAGCUACCUGGACCUGGUUCUGGUUCAUUAUCCAAGGAACUAUGAUAAUUGCGAGGAUAACGAUCCGAGAAACAGGGAACAACGUCGUAAUUGUUGGAUUGCGUUACAAGAAAUUCAGGGUGAGAUUCUGAUAGGGGUUUCAAAAUUAGGAAUUUCCAGCAAACGGAAAGAUCCGAUCAAUCGGCGUCUCAAGCUACGAGCCUCGCCACAUUGAGGAAAUGAUGGAAUAUUCGAACGUUGGUCUCUAAUUCGAAAGCUUAAGCUAUCUCGGACAUUGGUAACGCAAAACGGACGCGCUCCGGACGUUUCUGGGCGAUUCUAGGGAUCCCUUAAGAGUUCUGAGGCUACUAAAGUGGUCACUAGAAAUGCCCCGACACGUCCGAUUCGCGUCCCGUUCGCGUUACCAAGGUCUGAGAUAUGAAAUUACUUUUUUAAGGCCUAUCCAUCCGUCAACCAACAGGAAAUCCAUCCGCACUUUCAAAGAAACGAACUGCGCGAUUACUGCUUGAAAAAUGGCAUCUUUUUCCAGGUUUUUCUUCCAAAAAAGAGGUGUAACUUUGAAGUUUGAGGCUUUCUCGCCGUUGGGAAGGGCUAGUGGCGAACUUUUAAACGAUCCGGUUGUUCAAAAAGUCGCCAAGACGCACAAAACAACAGCGGCGGUGGGUUUCGGACUACGAAUCUUAGUUAGAAUUCCUGUAAGAAAAACGAUUUCUUGGAAAUUGUUUUUUUUUUUUCAUAUCACAAAAAAUUAUUUACUUGAGUUACUGUCAAAUCACUUUUCCAUUUUAUUUCAUGAAAAAAGUUGGAUUUUAUUCUGACUCAUCUAGAAGUUUCUUUCAGAUUUCAAAAAUUGCGCCUUUUUUUAUUGAAAAAUUAUCGUUUUGUAAGGUUUCAUAUUUCGCUGUUGAUUCCAUGGUAUUCUUAUCAACAUUCCUUGAAAUUAUCAAAAUCAUAAAAAAAUAGCCAUCAAAUUUUUUUACAUUUUUCCAAGUCGCUAGGGGUGUUAAAAUUUGAAUUUUUUUUUCGCCAUAGUUAUCGCUUUUUGGAACCAAAUAUCAUAAAACAUAUUUAGGUGAUUCUUCUCCGUUGGUCGAUUCAAAAAGGGGUUGGCGUUGUUCCGAAAUCGAUCAAUACCCAGCGGAUAGCAGAGAAUUUCAAGGUGCUAAAAUGAUUUUAGGAAUUAAAUAUAUUAAGAAUUAGGCGUUGUCAUUGGAGCUGGACGAGAAAGAAAUGGAGGCUCUGAAUGGAUUGGAUCAAGAAAAGCCCUACGUGGAGGACUGUGGCUGGCUCGUCGCCUAG